AUGUCGACUCCGACCGAAAAGGCUGCUGCAAUGCGUGCAGCCAAGCUGAAGAGACGUGUGGAGGCCACCGCUACUCCAGAAGUGUUGGCUUCCCAGUCUGCUCCGAGUCGACCCUCCCGACAAUCCAAGGUCACAGCACUGAAAAAUCAAGUUUGGAUGCCAGACAAGAAGACACGAAAGCGGGCCGCAUCGAGCACGGCUGAGCCUGAACACGUCAAGCAGGCACGAACCUCGGGCCCAAAAAAUACUGACCCUAUGAACAGAAAAUGGAAGAGCAGUGUUCCACAGCCAGCAGCGCAACUUUUCGAGUCUGACUCAGACGACUUCAAGGUUGAUGGAAGCGAUGGUGCCGAAUCUGAUUCUGGAGCCGAGUCAGACGACAAACUCGACGAAUCAGAUGAUGACAGUAUUCUGGGACUCAUUGGUGACAAGCUAAAGGCUACCCUAGACUAUGAGUGUCCUCAAAUUACUACACAUAACGACGACAGCCGCAGUGCGGCUUCAUCAUUCAGCUCAAUCCCCCCUAGUACAUCACCGGACUCUGACAAUGACGACCCCGUUCAUACCAUGGACUCUGCUGCGGAGGAUAUAGGGCCCGGGAACAGUCAGCUUACUAACAUGAAGAAAUCCGGCCCUCGCUAUCGCUCUUCCAAGCUGAAAGAGACCAGUAAGGCCAAUCAGAAAGGGGCGCUGUCAAAAGGAAGUAAAUACCUGAAGCAAAGAGAACAAGAGAAACCAACUUGGUGCACGCCAGACAAGGUUGAUGACACCACCAGUGGGCCACCUGCAGAUGAUGAAGCAGUGUCAGCACGGUCUAUUUGUUCACGCGAAGAUGACUGGUUGCCUUCUUGUCGCAUCGUAUAUAGCAGUUCCGGUAAGGUCAAUUUAACCGAGCAGCAACCUCACAUCCAGGACUUGCUGCGGGCCUCAAUUACCUGCCUUCACGAGCACAUCCUCUUCGAAAAUGCGUACUUGGACCUCCAGCAAAGGAGGAAAAUUAUGGCCGACAUACUCUUGUCAUGUGCGAAAGAUGGAGAGGAAUUCGUAGAUGUGAGAAAACGGCUUACGAAGGAUGCGAAGUAUGUACGUGCGUUAUCUUCCGUGCCUGAAGGUCGUAUUGGCACCAUUCGCGGGAACGUCAGGAAGGUUGCGCAAGCACAUGUGGCAAGCCACUAUGGUCUCACGAAAGGUGCUGAUGACAGGGUCGCGGACCUUCUCAAGAACAAUGCAUACAUUUAUCCGGUGAACGCGAAGGGGGACCUUAUCCGAACCAAACCAUUUCAAGCGUCGGCGAUUUUGGACACCAUCGAGGAUGCAUUCUUCAGCGACGAGCUCGCAGCGGGAGUAAAGUGGCAUGACCAUCUGACAUCAACAAUUGAUGAUCAUCCUGACGAGGUUGAGCUGCCUGUCGCGAUGGUGGCACUUGCUAGCGCUGCGGUGUGCUCCGUCAUUAUGCAGUACUCCUCCGAAAAAUUCGACCGAGACUUCAACUUGGACAUGUACGGCAGGAUCUAUCGGACAUUGAUUGGCAUGUUGAAUGGCAUCUUCAAGGCCAGCGAGCGCAAAUUUCACGUACUCGUACACUCGCUGUACAAGUCUGUCUAUGGGUCGAAGCGCAAGACUGAAGAACCUAGCGCAGCCGAUAGUCUCAUGUUCCUCGAUAUUGAUGGUAUGGCGGAGGACUGAUACUGGUCACACAUUGUAUUGUCUAGAUUUCAGAUCCAAUGGUACUCAUUUGAUAGCAUUGGACAAAUUUUAACUGCCUGAAAAUCAUGUUCUGCUUGACGCAAAUUCUGUUCUGAUUGGCGAAAAAUUCACGCAAGUUGUAUCAUAUUUCAUCCGAUUUGAGAAGAGCGUUUUUCCUGAUGU